GAUUCACCACCCUGUGACCUCUCUCAGGUGGUUUCUUCCUAACCUUUAACACCUGAGAGGUGGCUCCGAGCAGGGCGGUGACACCGGCACAGGUAUGGCAGACCUCAGCACGACCUGGGAGCGUGAGUUGUUGGAGCAGUUCUCCUGUCUGACUGCCGCCACAGACGAUGACUCCCAUCUGAAUACAGCAGAUAUUACUUCAGAAAGAAGCCAUGACACGACGGGCUUAUUGCAUUUAAGUGAUGAAGUUCUCUUGGUUAUACUGAGGAACUUGGACCCAGUGUCGCUGCUGAGGCUCGGCAGCACGUGUAGCUUAUUGUUCCGAGUUUGUUCCUGCAACUCUCUCUGGACCACACACUUCCGGGAUUCGUUUAGGGUCAGUCUGUCAUAUACCAACGUCCGGUGUCCCGUACCAGCCAAAACUGCCUUCCGCUUGGUUUUUAUGUGGCGGUCCCUCUUCAGAAACAUCCACUGUAACCGUGCAUUUCAGGAGAAACUCUUUGUGGAGAUCCCCUUUGCGCUGCACAAGUACUGGAUCCAGUGGCUCGUGCUGGAAGAAAGCGUUCCCUUGCCUUCAGUGAGGCUUCCCUGCAGCGACGUAGAGAAACUAUGGGGAAUCACUGCAGAUUUGUUCCAGGACAAACUCCAAGAGAAAACUGAAGAUUGUGACACCCUCAAGUUUGAAUGGAGGGAGCUGUAUCAUCUUGCAUUGAAGCAUCAUGGAAGCAUCUCUCUGGUCUUCCAGCAUGUUCUCAGCCAGCACCAAAACAGUGAGCACACAGAGUUGGAGUCCAUGUACCAUCAGUACGUCCAGUGCCGGUUCCAGUGGCUUUUCACAUAUUGGUUGUUUCGUCAGCCGGCUCCAUACAACAAGCAGCUGCGAUCCAUUUUCCUGCAGUGGAAAAAGCACAGCAAGAGAAAAGUGGCCACCUGGGGUGAAACUCUGUGUGAUGUGAGGUACCUGGCAUCCCUGCACCCCGUUACCAAAGACUACUGGAGAGGCCAAUUAGCCCGGGGAGAUGAGAGCCUGGGGAUUCAGACUGUCGGAAACUACUUCUCCAUGUGCAAGUCUCUCGUGGCCUGGAUCCUGGGCCGGGACUGGGGCCGACUCAAGCGAAGAAAGGUUUAUGAAGACACACUGGAGGGUGUGUAUCUUCUGCUGAGACGGGAGAUGCAGGAGACGCUCGUCGAGCACGAGCGCUUCUGGCAGGUGGCCAAAGUCCAGAUGACCCGUGUCUGUACGCUGGAGGAGACUGCUGCAAAUUACGUCAACUGGAAGAUGAUUGAGACGCUCCCCUACUACAAGCUGUAUCUGGUGUCUGGUAACUCGGUGUACCUGGAUCACGUACAAGGUUUCCUGCGUAGAAAGAGGCUGAUCCGAGAUUGGAUUUACAUGGAGGAGAACAGCUGGGCGAGACAGUUGCUGCCCGAAUCGCUCUACACGCUGCUGGAGUUUGACACCAAGAUCUCUCAAGAGAGUUUGCACGGGGAUUGUGUGACGGCGCAGCUCAGUCGGCUGAUGUGGCUGUACCUGAACUCUGGCCAGGAGCUCUAUCUGCAGGCGCUGAAGGGAAUGGUGCUGCAGUGCGCUCAUGCCUGUCUCGGGCAUCUCAACGCGCUUCAGGCCUGUCAAGUACCUGUGGCUUAGACCACAUACACUCACUCCAACAUUUGAAGUGUUUUAACAUGUUUUUUUUUUUUAUUUUUUUAAACAUACCGAAGAUUAGUAUUUUUUUUUUUUUUUUUUUUUUUUUUUUUUUUUUUUUUUUUUUUUUUUUUUUUUUUUUUUUUUUUUUUUUCUUUUCCCCCAACAACUUUCACUGUUGAAGUUGUUAGUCUUAAGGCUUUACUGCACUAAAGCGUUCAUUCUCAAUUUAUGUCUGAGUAAAUGCAGUGCGUAUGCGACAAUAAUUGUUUUUAAUGUUGUAUUGGUUUUAUCCUGCCAAAUGAACACUAGUCUCUUUUUGAGAUGCUUUUAUUGUAACUAUCAUGUGACUUUCUACUUGAAUUAGUCUUACCAUGGUAAACUGCAGGGUUGCUGACUUAUUAAAAGCACCUUUACACUCCA